CUAAAAGCCCAACAAACUUCCAAUUCACGCGACUUAAACGUUCCAAGUAUAUAAUAUAUAUAUGAAUCGUUUUUGCUGCUAUUGAAAGUGACUGUAAACAUUUGAACCGCGAAAUAUGACUUCAAUUCUUAUGCAAAAGUCGCAGAAGCUCGACCAAUACGAGCAAGAAAGGCUCGAACAUACGCCGUGGGUUGAAAAAUACAGACCACGGAACUUGGACGAUGUCGCUUCACAGGACCAUGCAGUGAAAGUUCUCAAGAAGACGAUGGAAUCUGCCAAUUUGCCUCAUAUGCUCUUCUAUGGGCCACCUGGAACCGGCAAGACUUCUACAAUUCUAGCCUUAAGCAAGCAACUAUACGGACCAAAUCUCUACAAAAGUAGAGUGUUGGAACUUAAUGCUUCAGACGAAAGAGGAAUCUCGAUAGUUAGACAAAAAAUCAAGAAUUUCGCCCGUUUGACUGUGUCUAAUCCCAGCAAAGAAGAUUUAGAGAAAUAUCCCUGCCCACCAUAUAAAAUCAUUAUUCUUGAUGAGGCCGAUUCUAUGACCAACGAUGCUCAGGCAGCCCUUAGAAGAACAAUAGAGAACUACUCGAACAUUACACGGUUCUGUUUGAUCUGUAAUUAUGUCACAAGAAUCAUUGAUCCGCUUGCAUCGCGUUGUUCCAAGUUCAGAUUUAGAUUGUUGAACAACGAGAAUGCCUUGAACAGAUUGAAGUAUAUCGCUGAACAAGAGCAUAUCAGUCUAGACAGUAACCAGUUGGUACUUCAAGAGGUUUUGCGUAUAUCUGGCGGAGAUUUGAGAAAAGCCAUCACAUUCUUGCAAUCUGCUACUAAGUUGCACAAGUCAUUAGCAGCUCCUACAGAAGAAGAUGGAGAUAUCCAAAUGUUGGAUGAGAUUCCAGGAGAAGCUAUAACUGUUGAGUCGAUCCAAGAGAUCGCUGGGGUCAUACCAGAAAAUGUCAUUUUAGAAGUGGUUUCCACAAUCAAAUCUAAGAAUCUGAAGAGUAUCAUCACCCAAGUAAAUGAUAUCAUAUCACAGGGAUUUAGUGCUCAACAGGUGCUUGACCAGUUGCAUGAUAAGUUCAUCUUGGAUGAUAGCCUAGACUCGGCUACGAAGAACAAGAUCGCCAAGACCCUAUUCUUGAUCGAUAAACGUUUGAAUAAUGGUACAGACGAACAUAUUCAACUACUUGACUUGUGCCUACAGAUCGCCAAAUCUUUGUAAUAUUCUUAAAAUAAUCUCAUCCAGUUCAUUUCAUUAAAAUUAAUCUAUCUACGCCAUUGUCGAUAUGGAAAUAUACACUUGCAAGAGAGCAUGCCUGGAGGCAUCGACCGUAGUAUACAGAGCUAAUAGCUAAUUCUAAGUUAUGAUGCUAAUUCAUUCAACUGUAAUUCAACUGUAGUGUAGCAACAAAACUGAAGCCAAACACAUUGCUAAUCAUAAUUGGCAUCAACUAUGCGAAGUGCAAAUUAACGACGGUUGAGUUGCUGUUGACUUGGUUGUUGCUGCUGAUUUUGCUGCUGAUUUGACUGUUGAUGUUGCUGUUGCUGUUGUUGUUGUUGCUGCUGCUGCUGCUGUUGAUGCUGCUGCUGCUGUUGAUGUUGUUGUAAAUGAGGUGGCAUACCUGGUGGGAAGCCCAUAUAUGGAGGAGGGAUAAAGCCAGGAGGUCCAUUGGGGUUGCCAUUGUUGAAAGGCGGAGGCAUACCAUGUGGAUGUGCAAAUCCUGGAGGAAACAUUCCUGGUGGUGGCGGGCCUCCACUGGGAGUACCAGGGCCAGAGUUACCCAAUGGAGGACCCCCUCUCAUGUUAGGUGGAAAUUGCAAGUGUGGAGGUGGUGGACCUCUUCCUUGGAAUUGUUUCAUCCAAGGAGGCAAUUGUUGUGCUUGUUGUUGCUGCUGCUGAGGAGAUUGUUGAAGAACUUGCUGGCUUCUAGAUUGUUGCUGCUGUUGCUGUUGAAUUUGUUGGUGCUGAAGAGCCAUCUGCUUCAUUUGUUCUGGGGAUGGUUGGUUCU